AUGUUGGGUUUUUUAAUGGAAAAAACAAUUUGCUGUUCAGUACAAAGUGUGAAUGUUUUAAAAAAAGGAUGUCGUGCGCUCCACAGCUUUGAUCGACAACGACGUUUGGAACUAUUUUGUAAUGAACAACAGCGGCAAGCUGCGAUUCAUGAUAAAAAAGUUGAAAAGGUGUUUUGGACAAUUGAAAAUGAAGCUGGUAAUGAUCCCGUCAAAGUUCUGAUGAAUCAAAAUAUUUCAACCUUUCAUGAUUGUAUGAAGCAUAUUUCACGGUUAAAAGCUGACCGCAUGGCAUUAGCAUAUGCAAAUGGUUCUUACAAGUCAGUAUUGGAGAAGUUAUCGGGUGAUGGAAGGAUGAUGCCAUUAGGUUAUAAUUGCCAAAAUAAAAACCACGCCAAUGCUGUUAAUAUGGCUUACUGGCGGUCAUGUGCAUUUUUGUUAGGUGCUGUUGUUGAUCAAGCAUUUGCCGUUGAUGUGCAGCUAGUUGGUCCUUCGAAAGUGGAUUAUCAUUCGGGUAGGUUUGAAUAUAUUGCGAAAAUAAAAGAUCUGCAUGAUUGGGCACCAAAUUCGGAAAAUUUAUUUGCGCUGACUGAAAAAGUCGUUGGAGAGUAUAUCACAAAAGCUUUGGUUAUCGAACCAUUAUUUGUAUCAUUAGAAUUUGCAUUGGAUUUAUUUGAUUCAAAUAUUUCUAAACAAGAACUUCUGCAUGAAAUAAAACAAGAAACCGAUAAUGGUGAGCAAGGAGUAAUUAUCUAUCGAAUGGGUGAUUUUGUCGAUAUAACUUAUGGACCUUUGAUUCCAUGUACCAGCCACAUUGAUAAAUUUGCUGUGACUAAAGUGGAGCACGAAAAUUCUGAAUAUCGUUUCAUUGGUGUGUCAAUACCGAAAGAAUUGAAAUGUUCAUCAUAUUCAUGGGAUAUAAUUUGUAAUGCUUCAGUUAUGCCUCCUGUUAAGCAGCAAAAGUUACUUAGGGCUUCUGUGUAA